UUGAUGGUCAAUAUGUGUUUUUGUAGGUUCAGUUGGUAACUGGUGUGGCUCUUGACCGUCAUCUCUCUGUCAUGAUCAAUGCUCCCAGCAGUUUAAUAGUCGGCAGAGCUGAUGAUGCAAGUGGUCAGAUUGCCUUUAAUGUUGAGGAGACCGGUUUUUAUCAGAUGUGCUUCAGCAACUUCCACAACCGUUUUGGGAGCAUGCAGAUAUUCCUGAACUUUGGUGUAUACUCUGACGGACAGGAAAAGAUCGAGAAACAAAAAGAAGAAGAUAUGAAAGAGAUUAACAGCACAUUGUCCAUAAUUGGGGAAAGCACCAACAGGUUGCAGACGUUUGUCUUCCACAUGUGGCGUCACUACAACUAUGAGCGAAUGAGAAGAGGAUCUGAUUUCUACCUGCUUCAGUCAAACCACAGUUAUGUGAGCAGCUGGUCUGCUGUUCAGAGUCUGAUCAUCAUCACAGCUGGAUAUCUGCAGCUUUACUAUCUCAAGAGACUCUUUAACACAAACCCAACACAGACCGACAAACCCCGCUGUUAAUCCUCAACACCUAAU